AUGCCCGCAAAACGCAAACCGCCGACCACGAAACCCUCCACCUCCACAACCGACGUCCCCCGCCCCCGCGCCUCCAAGCUCGCAAAGGAACACAACAUCUCCGCGCACGAAGAGCGCGAGAUCCGCGAGGCCUUUUCCCUCUUUUCCGAGCCGAUGAAGGGCUACUCAAAGGAAGGCGUAAUCCCCACCUCGGAUGUGCGUUCCUGCCUCGUCGCCCUCGGCAUCCCCCCGUCUUCCCGCGACGAGCAGGCCGAGUUUAUCGACAUCUUGGACCCCGAAGGCGAAGGGUUCGUCGCGUACGAGCCUUUCUUUGCAGUGUGUGCGCUCAAGUACCAUCAGAGGGAGGAGCGGGGCGGAGGGGAGGCGAGGAGGAAGGAGGUGGAGGAGGCGUUUGGGCUGUUUACGGGCGCCGGGAACGGAGGGUUGGCGGCGGAGCCGCGGGAUGUGAUUACGAUUACGGAUCUCAAGAGGGUUGCUGCCGUGCUUAGGGAGGACGUCAAGGACGAGGUGCUGCGAGACAUGAUUCUCGAGGCCAACGGGGGCGCGGGCGUAGGCAAGGGGGUCAAGAGGGAGGAGUUUGAGGAGGUCAUGCGACGGGCUGGAGUUUGGCGGUAA